AUGAUGCGAGGACAAUCGCAUCUGGUCCGGGCGACGCAAAGGCUGCGACCUCAGUCAACCUCCCACAGCGUCUGCCGACAAUGCCGCGCCAUUCAGAUCAGCGCAGCGCCGAGCAGCGAACCACGAGCCGGCGGGGAUGCCUUUGGGACGACGCUCGAAAGCUCACGCGAUGCAGCUGACGCUCGCUUCGAAGUACUCGGUUCUCCUUACUCGAUGCUCUCGGUCACACUAUCCGCCUCGCAGAAGCUGUACACUCGACGAGGGACUCUUGUUGGCAUGGCCGGCAAACCUGAGAACGCACAAUCGACGCUCUCUCUACUGAACCCUCUCUCACGAGCCCCCUUUGGCGUUCCCUUUCUCUACCAAAAGAUCACGGCUACCACGCCCAUCACCGCCCUCAUCUCGACAACAUCACCGACGACGACCUUUCAAAUUCUUCACCUCGAUGGCACCACCGACUGGAUGGUGUCGCAACGCAACUCCCUUCUCGCCUGGACGGGACAUACUCUGACACUGUCCUCGCGCAUCCAGCACAACCUCUCCAUGGCUCACUGGGGGAGCACGUUCCUGACCGGCCGCGGCGUGGCAGCUCUCGCGGCCCCCGGGCAGGUCUACCAGCUCGACCUGGCCGAGGGCGAGGAGUUCGUGGCGCACCCGGGCAGCGUGGUCGCCUACUCGAUAUCCCGCAACGCACCACAGCCCUUUCGCUUCAAGAGCUCGAGCCUACGGCUGCAGGUCCCCUCCUUGACGAGGUGGCUGCCCGAAUGGGAGUUUAUGCGCACCAUCCGCCAGUCUGGCGCUUACAAGGCCAUGGCGCGGAUCCUCUACAGUCUCCGCACGGUGACACGGAGGACUAUCUGGGGCGAUAGACUCUUUCUGCAGUUCAAGGGGCCCACGCGGGUCAUCAUGUCAAGUCAGGGCGUCAGGGUGGCGGAUGUGCUUUCGGACAAGCAGGUGAACGAGAUUGCCGAUGCGCCUGCUGGUGUCGCGCCUGCGGCCGUUGAGUUAGCGACAAAGCCCGAGGGCGAGGCGAAGCUCCCUCCGCCGCCGACCACGGAGCAGGCGCCGAGUGCGAUACGGGUUGCGGAGGUGCACAAGGACGGCAAGGUGACCUUUGAGGAUAAGAAGGAUCUCAAGGAGUUUGUAUAA